GUCCCUCUUUCGCCCCUCUCUUACCUUUCCCCUCGUUUUCUGAAGAUGUCGAACGGAACUGUCACCGCACCGAACCACUACGCCGACGGUCGUCAGGAGAGUCGCGUCGAGAACUACACCAAGUUCUGGCAAAAGGACGUCAGCAAGGAGUCCGAGGCCGACAACCAGGCCCGUCUCGACUCCUACACGGACGUCAUCAACGGCUACUACGACGGCGCGACAGAGCUGUACGAGUACGGCUGGGCAGACUCGUUCCACUUCUCGCGGUUCUUCAAGGGCGAGGCCUUCGCGGCCUCGCUCGCGCGGCACGAGCACUACCUCGCCUCGCAGAUGGUGCUGCGCCCCGGCAUGCGCGUGCUCGACGUCGGGUGCGGUGUCGGCGGCCCCGCGCGCGCGAUUGCGCGCUUCUCGGACGCGCAUGUCACAGGCUUGAACAACAAUGACUUUCAGCUGCAGCGCGCGCGCAAGUACACGAAGCAGGCGGGGCUUGCGCACCAGGUCGACUUUGUGAAGGGGGACUUUAUGAAGCUGAGCGAGCAGUUUGGGCCGAACUCGUUUGAUGCUGUUUAUGCGAUCGAGGCUACCGUCCACGCGCCCUCGUUCGAGGGUGUCUAUGGUGAGAUCAUGAAGGUUCUCAAGCCCGGAGGAGUCUUCGGCGUCUACGAAUGGGUGAUGACCGACGAAUGGGACCCGUCCAUCCCGUCGCACAAGGCGCUCGCUCACGGGAUCGAGCUGGGCAACGGGAUCCCCGAGAUGCGGCCGAUCAGCAACGCGCGCGAGGCGCUGAAGAAGGUCGGGUUCACGAUCGAGCACGAGGAGGACCUGGCGGACCGGCCGGACGAGGUGCGGUGGUACUACCCGCUGGAGGGCGACAUCUGGAAGGCGCAGACGGCGUGGGACUACUUUACGGUGUGGCGGAUGAGCUGGUCGGGGAAGCUGGUGUCGCACACGGCGAUCCGGGUGAUGGAGAUGGUGGGGAUGGUGCCCAAGGGGACGUAUGAGGUGGGCGAGUCGCUCAAGGUUGCGGCGGAUGCGCUUGUGCGCGGUGGGCAGACGAAGUUGUUCACGCCGAUGUACCUGUGUGUGUGCCGCAAGCCUGCCAACUAGGAGAGAGGAGAGUAUUAUACCCUAUUGCUAGUAAUAUCUUAGACACUGAAUAUACAUGGGAUUAUGAGGUCACGGACAUCG